AUGUCAUGGCUGCUGAGGAGACACAGUGUCAACUGUCAACAACUGACUGCAGUGAAGAAUGAAGAGUCCAGUUUAGAAGGCAGCACUGUGACUCUGACCUACAAAUACUCCCAACAAGCUACUGGUGGUGAUCAGUUUUUCUGGUAUCGACAACAUUCAGGAAACCCUCCAGAGUUCCUCAUCUAUCACUAUGGAACACAAAGUGAAACAAAAGCUAGACUGUCUGCUGCUGUGAGUGCUGAUAAAAACCAGAUCAGUAUGAAGAUCUCCUCUGCAGCAGUGACAGACUCUGCUGUGUACUACUGUGCUCUGAGGCCCACAGUGACAUGCCAACAACUGACUGCAGUGAAGGAUGAAGAGUCCAGUUUAGAAGGCAGCACUGUGACUCUGACCUACACAUACUCGAGACAAGCUACUGGUGUUGACGGAUUUUACUGGUACCAACAACAUCCAGGAAAACCUCCAGAGUUACUCAUUUUUCACUUGGGAUCACAGAAUCAAACAAAAGCUAGACUGUCUGUUUCUGUGAGUGAUGAUAAAAACCAAAUCAGUAUGAAGAUCUCCUCUGCUGCAGUGACAGACUCUGCUGUGUACUACUGUGCUGUGAGGCCCACAGUGACAGGAAACAGUAAAACUCUGUACAAAAACCUUUGGAGCAAAGACAACAGAAAACUCCACAACAUCCACUAGAGGGAGACACACUCUGUUAAAGCUCUGAUUUGUGACUUGUUGGACUGAUGACAAAGACAACAGAGAAAUGA